AGAUCGGAGCGGAGCUUAGUAGGGUCGUGUGUUCCCGAGCUGGUAGAACGCCAAAGCUGCAUCUCGAAGUUACUGGGGCUCGACAGAUACGCGAUCGUGUUCCAACUGUUUAUUCUUUUGACUUACCCUUCCAACCCUUGCUGCUAAGUGUGGAUAGUUGGCGGAACAAGAAACUCCCUGGAAAUGGACGGGCACUCCUGGAAUUUCGAGUAUGCGCUGGCGGUAGGGAUUCUUAUUCUGGUCAUGUAUCUGGUAUACGAGGCUGUGCUGCCAAAGCCACUGCCUGGAAUACCUUACAAUCAUGGUGCACCAAACAAAAUAUUCGGAGACAUCCCUGAAAUGAUGGGUUAUGUGAUACGUACGAAACGCAUUUUCUGCUGGCUUACAUCCCUUACGACGCGCCAUCAAAGCCCUAUCGUGCAGGCCUUUAUCAAGCCAAUGGCUCUACCUUGGGUAGUGGUUACAGAUCCCUCUGAGAGUCAGGAUAUACUGCUGCGGCGUACAAAAGAAUUUGACCGUAGUGGCUUCUUCGGCGAGCUUAUUGGUGGGAUCCUACCGGAGCAGCACAUCCAGUUUCUGUCUUCAGACGAGCGCUUCAAAAAGAAUCGCAAUUUAAUCAAUCACCUCAUGGCCCCUAAUUUUAUCAAUCAAGUCAGUGCACCAGAAGUCUACAACUCUGUCUGCACCCUGAUCAAGGUGUGGAAGCUUAAGUGCGACAUCGCGAAAGGCCGUCCCUUCUCGGCUCAUCAUGAUAUCACGUAUGCGGCUUUGGACUCUAUAUUCGCGUCCUCUUUUGGGCUACCCGAGGAAGACAGUAUCACGAUUCAAAAUCUUCAGGCUACCGCGACGCGUGAAGCGGAUUUCUCGGGUACGGAAUCCAUGCCCAUUUGCUUUCCCAGCUUCGAAAUUCCAGAGGUCUACUCCGCUGUCCUGACAUUAGCUAACUCAGUGACUGACACACAACUCUCUCCGGCCCCUGUUCUCACAUCAUGGGUACUGAGGAAAUUUCCAUACAUGAGGAAGGCUACCGCGAUCAAGGAUAAUUACAUCAGGGACAAAGUCGAGGGAUCGGUCAAGCUCAUCGAAAGUGGAGAGACCAACCCAAGGAGUGCCAUUCACUCGGUGCUCCUACGGGAGCGUGACGUUGCUGCCAAGGAGAAUCGCCAGCCAAACUAUAGCAAGCAAGCCAUAGCUGAUGAGUUUUUCGGGUUCAUGAUGGCCGGCCAUGACACAUCUGCCACAACAGUCGCUUGGGGCUUGAAGUACCUAACCGAUAAUCCAGGCGUUCAAGACCGCCUACGACUCGCUUUGCAAACGGCCCUGUCUACCGCAUACCAAGAGAAGCGGCAACCGAUUUACGAGGAGCUCAGCAAAGCUCAUAUACCUUACCUGGACGCUGUAGUCGAAGAGGUACUCCGCCAUGCAAAUACUAUCGCCUUUGUGGUCCGUAGAGCGCAGCAGGACACUACCGUCCUGGGUCGACAGAUCCCAAAAGGAACUGACAUCUUCCUCAUGGCUAACGGUGCUGGUUAUCUGGAACCCUGUAUCUCAAUUGCAGACGAGUCUCGCAGUCCUGGUGCCAGGGUCAGGUCCAACAAGGCCCUCACAGGCCAAUGGGACAAUCGGGACAUCGCAGCCUUCCGCCCGGAGCGCUGGCUUAAAGUUGAUCCAGAAACCAGCAACGACGUUUUUGAUCCAAUGGCUGGCCCAACACUAGCAUUUGGUCUUGGACCAAGAGGCUGCUUCGGAAAACGAUUGGCGUUACAGCAUCUCAAGAUCCAGUUCUCCUUGAUUGUAUGGCAUUUUGAUCUGCUGAAAACGCCCGAGAAGCUAAGCGGAUAUGAUGCUGUGCAGAGAUUCGCGAGGGAGCCGACGCAAUGUUACAUUCGUCUGGCGAAUGUGGGAUGAAUAGCUAUAAGCCGAGCUGAUAUUGUUUCUCGAGUCCCAGUCUGUUAGUUGUGAUGAUGAUAAAUGAUAGGCGGAAUAACACGAGACUUGUGCAAAUAGUGUUUGGUAAAAUAUUUACAUCAUACUAAAAAGACGGGUCAUAUUACGAGAUAUAUUAUAACUUCU